AUGCACGUCUUCGUCGACUCGCCUGUCUGCUUGCUGCAGUUCCUGCACGCGGUGGUGGAGAGUGGCGUGCUGGACGCCGACGGUGAGUCGCAGCAACAACAACAACAACAACAACUGCAGCAGCAGGUAGUAUAUAAUACACUGCUGGAGUUGUAUAUUACGCGCGAUUUGAAGCAAUGCAUUCGCCACCACACCGCCACCAUCACCACUGCUACAGUGGCAGCAGCUGAUGAGACGGAGGCUUUCACGGUGGAGCCUCUUGCGCGGCGGCGUGAGCGGGCACUGACGUUUCUUGAGGCGUACGCGGGUAACUACGACGACUAUCACGCACUUGCGCUGGCUGAGCAGCACGGAUUUGAGGACGGCGUGCUACUGCUGCUGCGUCGCCUGCACCUCUCCGCUGACGUGAUGCAGUACUACGCGAAGGGACUUGAGGAGGGUGCCACGCCAGCGAUACGUCNGGCGGCCAAAGAGAAACUUAUCGAGAUGUGCCGGACUCAACUAAAAAACGGCAAUAGCAACAACAACCGCGACCAAAACGACGGGAGGAAGAGUGACGGUGGCGAGUCGGUGAAGGAGUUGUGGAUAUCGUUGCUGUCGAUGCUGGUGAGCAGCCCCGAGACGGAGUGGCAGGACCUUGUGCAGGUGCUGGAGUGCGUGGAGGAGCAGGACCUGCUGUCGCCGCUGUCGGUAGUGGAGAUCCUCAGCACGAACCCGCGGCUGCAGCUGCGCACCAUCCGUGAGUACGCGCUGCGCAUGAUGCGCAAGGACGCGCAGCGGGUGGAGGCCGCGCACCGCCUCACCGACGCGCGGCUGAAGCGGCUACAGGAACUGCACAGCGAGAUGGACGCACUGCAGACGAAGGCGACAGUGUUUCAGGGGCACAAAUGCAGCCACUGCCACGCCGCGCUGGACCUGCCGGUGGUGCACUUCUUAUGCCAGCACUCGUUCCACCAGCGUUGCCUCAACGACGUCGCGGAGUGCAAUGUGUGCGCGCCGGCGCAGCGCCGCUUCGUCUCGGAGCAGCGGGAUCUGGCGGAGCGGCACGCGGACCCCGAGGCAUUCUUUCAGCGCCUCAGCGAUGCACGGGAUGCGGACGGCUUCGCGGUUGUGGCGGAGCAGUUCGGCAAGGGAAUCUUUGCCGCCCCGCAGCUGCGGCGAGAGGCGACGCUCUUCUCCGGGGACCCGAUGGUGCUGCCCACUGCUGCUGCCGCUGAGAAUGGCGAUGAUAUCUGUGACGGCAGUGCCGCGUCGAGUGGGGAGGAGGAGGAGGUGUACGAUGAAGACGGGGAGCUUCUGAGGCCGGAGGCUGUUGAGCUGUGGUAG